UCUGACGUACACGACGUUGAACGGGACUGUUCUGGAUUUGGGGCGAGGAAGGUCUACGAGCGCUGACAAGCCGCUGAACAAGGUGUAAAGCUCGCUCGCUUGUCGCAGACAAGCAAUCCCCUGUUACCUGAGGAGAUUGCCGCCCCACCAACCAAGAUAUGAUUAAACUAGUGGAUUAGACCGUAGCGGCCACAGGAUCAACCAUAGGGUCGAAGGAGGAGUGUAAUGGCCUGAGGGGGUUCCCCCCACUACAACCUGCCCCUGCCAGGUCCAAACCACCUAAUCUCCCUGCUCAGUCACUGCAACCCACUGCUGUGAUGGGAGACGGACUGGAGGCAGGCAGCAGCCAGAACCCUCCCUCCGCCACAGCACCUCUCCCCUUCAACCCCCCUCCUCCAGAAACAUGGAACCCUUCCAGACCCAAACGACAGACCAAUCAGCUUCAGUACCUGCUCAAAGUGGUGCUGAAGACAUUGUGGAAACACCAGUUUGCAUGGCCCUUUCAGGCACCUGUAGAUGCAGUCAAACUGAAUUUGCCUGACUACUACAAGAUAAUAAAGAAUCCUAUGGACAUGGGCACAAUAAGAAAACGCCUGGAGAACAACUACUACUGGAACGCCCAGGAGUGUAUCCAAGACUUCAGCACAAUGUUCACAAACUGCUACAUCUACAACAAGCCUGGAGAUGAUAUUGUCCUUAUGGCUGAGGCUUUGGAAAAGCUUUUCCUGCAGAAGAUCACAGAGAUGCCGCAGGAAGAGGUAGAGAUUGCUGUGGUCACUAAGGGACGACGUGUGGGGAGGCGGGAGCCCUCUCUAAUGACCAUGUCGGAUUCAGGCCAAGACUCAUCUUCUCCUUCUACUACUCCACAUACUAGAGGUUUUUCAUCCCCUGCAACCACUCCACACACCCGUGGCACACCAACACAACCCGUAGCCCAGCUCCUACCCCAACCUUUAGUCCCGCCUUUACACCAACCCUUACCCCAGACUUUAGCCCAGCCCUUAGCUCUUCCUCAAGUCCAAACCCAACUCCCACGGGUACCUCCUACACCAACAAACCACGCUUCUCAUCUUGCUGCCACGUUCCCCCUCUCAACCCCAGAUGUCCUCGCCCAAGGUAUGACAUCUGUCCCUCCUCCAGCCUUGACGCACCCAGGCCUCCAUCCUGCUCCAGUGCUGCCGAGCUCCCCGGCCCCUGUUAAGCCAAGGAAAAGCCAGAAGAGGAAAGCUGAUACCACCACACCUACAGCCAAUGACCAGCUAAGCGAAUCACCUCCAGUGUCGGAUGUGACUCGGCCUCGUAGGGACAGCACUCGGCCAUCAAAGCAGCCUAAAAGAGACUCCCUGCAGCCGGACUCCCAGCACUUUAUAGGCGGAGGCUUGGAGACGGGAGGGACGGGGAUAUCGAAGCGCCAGGAUCAGUUGCGUUUCUGCGCACGCCUUGUCAGAGAGAUGUUGUCUAAGAAACAUUUAGCUUAUGCCUGGCCUUUUCACAAACCUGUUGAUGCAAAAGCUCUCAACCUACACGACUACCAUGACAUCAUCAAGCAUCCAAUGGAUCUCAGCACCAUCAAGAAAAAGCUAGAUAACAGACAGUACAGAGACGCCCAAGAGGUUGCUGCAGACGUCCGGUUGAUGUUCUCCAACUGCUACAAGUACAAUCCACCAGACCAUGAUGUUGUAUCCAUGGCACGUAAACUGCAGGAUGUGUUUGAGAUGCGCUUUGCUAAAAUGCCAGAUGAAUCAGAAGAGCUCACUCCAGUUCCCACACCGUCUUUGGCCCUCCAUUUUGUACCAUCUACUCGACAAGUCCCUCCUCCAUCUGCUGCAUCAGAAGACGACAGCUCAAGCUCCUCUGAUUCCGAGUCCUCCAGAGGAGGCUCUGAACAGGAACGGCAACAGAGACUGGCUGAGCUACAGGAGCAGGUUAGAUCAGAGGAAUUGUGGUCGAGGGCUGCACAAAAUCGUUCAGAGGGCUGCAGAUGGCCCCCAAGCCGCACUUUGGACAUCCCUGGGCUCAAAGCUGUGCAUGAACAGCUGGCAGCACUUUCCCAGCCGCAGACCAGCAAACCCAAGAAGAAAGAGAGAGACAAAAAAGAGAAGAAGAAGGAAAAGCAUAAAAAGAAGUUGGAAGCAGAUGAACCUGCAAAAACUCCUCCUCAUGCAGUCCUUCAGCCUCCUAAGAAAAGCAAGAACAAAGAUCCUGUCGUGAUAAAGGAGAGGAAAAAGUCCAGUAAAAAAGAUGACAUCAAAAACAGCCGACCCGCUGUGCCCCCUCCUUCAGCCCCCGUCGCUCUUCUGCCUUCAGCUUCUCUGGAAGCAGAGGAUGAUGCAGAUGUUGCUGUUUGCAAGCCGAUGUCUUAUGAGGAGAAGCGCCAGCUGAGCCUGGAUAUAAACAAACUGCCUGGUGACAAACUAGGCCGAGUCGUGCACAUAAUCCAGACGCGUGAGCCAUCGCUGAAAAACUCUAAUCCAGAUGAAAUAGAGAUUGACUUUGAGACCCUGAAGCCCUCCACACUGAGGGAGCUGGAAAAGUAUGUUUCUACCUGCCUCAAAAAGAAGAAAAAACCAUCAGUAGAGAAGUCUCUGGAAAUGGCCAAGAUAAAGACGGGAUCUUCAUCUUCAGGCAGCAGUGACUCCUCAGACAGUGAAGACUCUGAAAAUGGGCUGGUUCCCAAGCAACAGAAAAAGACUUCUACCAACAAGGACUUCAAGAGAGGACACCACCAGGCUCCCAGCAGUGGGACAAUCCCAGUUGCUCCCACAGCUCAAACGCAGCCUCAGCUGGUCCAAUCAAAACCCCAGUUUGUAGCUGCGCCUUCUGUCCCGCCUCUGGAUUCGUCUCAGCUCAUGUCAUCAGGAUUUGAUCCUCUGGCCCACUUCAUGAACUCUCACCUGACUGAUUCUAACACAGAGUCCAGCGCAGCGGUUACAGCUGCUGUAGCUACUCUGACCUCAGGCCUAAUUAAUGCCAACGCACCCACCAACCAGACACCAACUGAAACGCAUCCUUUCCUAAACCAGCAUCCAAUCAUACCUUCCCCAGCGAUCCACAAUGCUCUUCCCCAGCAACCACCCAGACCCAGCAACCGUGCUGCACCUCUUCCGCCCAAACCUCAAACAGCCUCCUCCUCUCUCCCUUCCCUGGUUCCGUCUGCGGCCCCGCAAGUUCAACCCACUCUUCCCCUGAACCUCCCUCAGACUGUUCCCCGCCCACGUGUCCCAUCCCCACCAUCGCACGGCAUUCUGGGUACCCUCUCAGCUUCACCUCCCCAAGCUUUGUUGGAGGAUGACGAAGAGCCCACGGCAAACAGCUCUCAAACAACACAGCUCAGUCAGGUUCACAACCUCCUGCAGUCGCUUCAGGCGAGACCCACAGCGCCGCCGCCGCCGCUGCGCACACACUCACCUGGACAGGCUGCUCCUCAGCUCAUGCCAUCAAUGCACACACAGGGCAUGACACAAGCCCCUCCUACCCAGACACAGAGACACAUCCCGACUCAUGUGACGCAGCUGUUCCCAAAUGCCCACAUCUCGGCGCCUCAGCAGCAAAAGGGAGCAGCCCUGCAACAGAAGGUACAACAGUUACAACAUCAGCAACAACCAUCCCCACAAAACACAGCAGAGGCCUUCUCUAAUAAAGGUAAGUGUCCUCUGGCCCUCUCAGAUAUACCUCCUCAUCAGUCUUUUGAUAGUUACUAACAGACUAAGGUCUAAUCAUAAUACAUAAAUGCUAGUUAAAGGUAGUAGAGAAAACAGUCUGAGGCUUAGAGGUUAGUUUCACACAAAUUGCUGAGAAAAAUAUUUGUCCACAUAAAUAUUUCAAACCCAUUUGGUUCUCUGAAAACAAACAACUGAUGUCAUUUAACCACCAGGCCUGCAGGAUCAAAAGCUCAGAUUUAUAAUAAGAAUUAGAUUUGUUGACUAAGAUUGUGUAUAGAAGUAAGGGAUCUGAUAUAAGUUAAAGUGCGAUAUUUGUGUAUGUGUACAUACACCUAGUGUCAUUUUUCUUUUUUAUUGCAAAUUUAUGGUAGCAUAUUAGCAAUCCACUCUGGCUAAUAGGUUUCCAUCAGUCUGACAGCCUGAGGGAAGAACCUUCUCUGUGGUCGCUGGUUUUUGCGAAUGGCAAAACUGAAGUUGUGUCCAGGAUGUAUUGGGUUGGCAUAAAUUUAGCUGCUUCUUUCCUGGCCCUAGACCCGUAGAACUCUAUAAUGGAGGUGAGGUCAGGCCUGGAUCCUCCUUGCAGAGCCAAUUGUUGGUCGCAGUUUGGACCUGUCCUGUGACUACUUGGGAUGUUGCAGAAAAUGCAGUCUGUACUGGACCUUCUACUGAACACUGCCUGCAUGUGAGGGCGAGCUCAGGUCCAAAGAAAAAGUAGGUUCUUGAACCUGGAAGUGGUCCACAGUGGAUCCAGUGUGGUUAGAGGAGGGAGUGUCUGUAUACUGAGAUGUAUCAGGAUAUAAUUUAUUCAAUAACGGUCAGAUGAAAUUUAAACACAUUUUUUGGUAUUUCAAUGUUUCUGUUGUCUGUGGUUACAGUGUUUCACUGACUGACGUUCAUGAAAAUCUGAUCGCUUAAACGCAACCUGUCUGACCUGUCAUGA